AUGAGCAACGGCCAGCUGCACCGACAAGCUCUCCGCUGGCCCGUCGUGUCGUGCCUGUUCUCCGCAUCUGGACCAUCGCGGCCUUCUGCGCUGCCUACCACAAACUCGGCAGCCUCUGGACAGCAUAAAACCGACAGGCCAGAUAAAAUGGACCUGAGACCCUCCGUUAAGAAUGGUGGUCUGCCGCCGAUGAGGCCUCAUGCCGUCGUACCGCCUCCUCCAAUAUGCUCCUCCCCAGCCAAAUCCAACCCCGCCUUCCAGAAUCUCACCCCUUACCCUCAUGUUGCGCCGUCUAUACCGACUCCCCAUCCUCAUGUCACGGUCAGCCAGGUCAAGACUGCGCAUGUACCCUCGCUGAUGCGAAUAACGGGCUUGCUUCUGCCAGUUCGAUACCAAAACUCCUUCUACACCGCCACUAUAACGGACCCUUUCAUCGCUUCUGUUUCGCGUGUGGCCUUAUACCAUCAACACCCUCUUUCAAAUAUAUAUGGAACAGCAUACCUGGCAGCCAAAAGCUUGCCUACACCUCCGUCACCUCCAAAGUCCGGAACGGACAAGGUGAUUGGUGGCAUACGGUGUCGCCUGGAGCCGGCAACCCUCCCCCACCCUUCUUCUACCGCCAAGGCAACUGCAUUACGGCCUGUGGUCAACCUAUAUAUUCAAACUCUACUUCUCCUUUCUCCUUACCGCGGGACUGGAAUUGCAGCCUCCCUGUUGGACUCCCUCAUAUAUGCUGGGGAACCUGCCUCUUCGAAGGACAAGUCCAAGUCUUCAUCCGAUAAAGGGGAACAAAAGACACCUCGACGGGUUUCAAACAUGGUCAAACACUAUAACAUCCGCACAGUCACUGCUCAUGUUCACGAAACCAACGAAGAGGCCUUGUCCUGGUACAUUGCUCGUGGAUUCACAGUUGAAGAAGGUGUAAUUGAAGGAUACUAUCGUCGCCUGAGCCCCGGGGGUGCUAGGAUCGUCAAACUAGAUUUGACCUGGGAUGACGAAGCAGAGAACGCUGCAGAAAAUAAUUCUCAUACCUGCAACGAAGAUGACGACUGGGAGAAAGUAGAAGCUCAUGACUUGGCUACUGAGGAGAAACUAGACGAUUACCAGCAAGUCAGCCGCAGCUCUAUAGACGAAGCAGAGGCUGGCCGGGAGAACGCUAAGAGGGUACGUAGAGGGUAG